AGGAGAGUCUCUCACUUCCUCGACGGUACCGGGAGAAGGACGCGGACGGCGUGGGACUGGGGAGGAAGGCUUCUCCUCGGGCAGCCAGAGCCGCAAAGGUGGAGCCUCACUGGCGCCCGCGGAGGGACCAGCGCCUCGGAUGCGGGCGGAGCGAGGGGGGCCGCGUCGGCGGGAGUCCGAAGCGCGGGGCCCCGGGGGCCCCAUGUGAAAGCCGCGGAACCAGCCGCCGCCGUCCCCGGAGCCCGGGGUGGUGUGUAGGGGAAGCCGCCUCCAGCAGCAGGAUGAAACGAGGAGGAAGAGAUAGUGACCACAGUUCAUCAGAAGAAGAUACGGCAGAAAAAUCCAAGAAACUGAGGACUUCAAAUGAGCAUUCUCAGACUUGUGAUUGGGGUAAUCUCCUUCAGGACAUUAUUCUCCAAGUGUUUAAGUAUUUGCCUCUUCUUGACCGGGCUCAUGCUUCACAAGUUUGCCGCAACUGGAACCAGGUAUUUCACAUGCCUGACUUGUGGAGAUGUUUUGAAUUUGAACUGAAUCAGCCAGCUACAUCUUAUUUGAAAGCUACACAUCCAGAGCUGAUCAAACAGAUUAUUAAAAGACAUUCAAACCAUCUACAGUAUGUCAGCUUCAAGGUGGACAGCAGCAAAGAAUCAGCUGAAGCAGCUUGUGACAUAUUAUCGCAACUUGUGAACUGCUCUUUAAAAACACUUGGACUUAUUUCAACUGCUCGGCCAAGUUUUAUGGAUUUACCAAAGUCUCACUUCAUCUCUGCACUGACCGUUGUGUUUGUAAACUCCAAAUCCUUGUCCUCGCUUAAGAUAGAUGAUACCCCAGUGGAUGAUCCAUCCCUCAAAGUGCUAGUGGCCAACAACAGUGACACGCUCAAGCUGCUGAAAAUGAGCAGCUGUCCUCACGUGUCUCCAGCAGGUAUCCUUUGUGUGGCAGAUCAAUGUCAUGGCUUACGUGAACUGGCCCUGAAUUACCACUUGUUAAGUGAUGAAUUGCUGCUUGCUUUAUCUUCUGAAAAACAUGUUCGAUUAGAACAUUUGCGCAUUGAUGUAGUCAGUGAGAAUCCUGGACAGACACACUUUCAUACUAUUCAGAAGAGCAGCUGGGAUGCUUUCAUCAGACAUUCACCCAAAGUGAACUUAGUGAUGUAUUUUUUUUUAUAUGAAGAGGAAUUUGAUCCAUUCUUUCGAUAUGAAACACCUGCCACCCAUCUUUACUUUGGGAGAUCAGUAAGCAAAGACGUGCUUGGCCGUGUGGGAAUGACAUGCCCUAGACUAGUUGAACUAGUAGUGUGUGCUAAUGGAUUACGGCCUCUUGAUGAAGAGUUAAUUCGAAUUGCAGAGCGUUGCAAAAAUUUGUCAGCUAUUGGACUAGGGGAAUGCGAAGUCUCAUGUAGUGCCUUUGUUGAGUUUGUGAAGAUGUGUGGCGGCCGCCUGUCUCAGUUAUCCAUUAUGGAAGAAGUAUUAAUUCCUGACCAGAAGUAUAGCUUGGAGCAGAUUCAUUGGGAGGUGUCCAAGCAUCUUGGUAGGGUAUGGUUUCCAGACAUGAUGCCUACCUGGUAAAGACCAAAUGAUGUAAGGAAUGAUGAAUAGCACCUUAACUUUAAGCAUAUUGUAUUAUAAUAAAAGUUUAUUUCCUAUAGUUCUGAUGUAAUUCUAUUUUGUGGCACAGAAGUUUAAUAUCUGAAUUGAGUAUAUAAGGAUUGUUUAUUGGAAGACCCAUUGACCACUUUUGGUCAGAAAACUUCAUCUGUUUCUUUAGCCUAAUAGCAGUCAAAUUGCAGAAAACUUUUAAAACUGUGGUUCAAAUUUGAAAAUAAUAACCUGUUAUAAAGAUUAAAUAUUUCACAGUUCAGAGUAACUGAACCUAUAUAUAAUAGCCAAGAAGUGAGUACUAAUAGGUUUGCCAAAGCACUGUCUAUGCAUUUUUUAAAAAUGUAAACUUGACAUUUUAGGGUCUUCAGUUAUACAUACACCUGUUAUAAGGUGUUUAAUAUAGCUCAGGAAAGUGAGCAUUUAGUGAGAAAAAUGUAGGAUAUUUCGUAUCUAAUGAAAACAAAUUAGUUGAAUGUUCUCAAAUAUUACAAAGCUGUUUAAGAGGUAUAAACAUAAUUGGAACAAUUAGGAAUCUGAUAUAUAUCACACAGUGGUUAUAGUAGAAGGAUAAUAAACAGCCAAGAUCAAAUUAAAAGAAAAACAAUAGAAGGGAGACACUGUUUAGCUUUGUAUAAACUUUCAGUUUUGCUUUGCAAUCUGCUGAACCAUAAAAAUUCUUUUCUGCAACAUGUUACUAUGUAUGUGUCCCUUGAGGCAUUGUGUGUAAAGGAAGGAAUGCUUUACCAGUUCUCCUUGGUUUUGUUUAUCUGUUUAAACUAGCUUUGAAGUAUUAUACAAUAAUUGAAAUGAAAAGUUUAUUCUAAAAGCUAAAUUGAAAUAAAGAUAGGAUUUUCAAAUAUUUAAAAAUUAUUUCCAUGAAGGAAUAUUGAUCUCCAGUAAAUUUUAGUGUUGGCUUAUUCUUCCAUUUUGGAAUUAUGUAGUUGUGUAAGUAGGUUUUACAAAAAUCAUUUUUAAAAAAGCACCAGUGUAUAGUUCAGCAUAAACUGUAAAUUUAAAAGAAGAUGCAUUUAAGUUUAUAAUCAUUUUUGAGUAAAUAGUGCUCAGUGGACUGGAAAAUUUUAAUAGGACAGUGUCUACAGUUUUGUGAUUGUUAAUUUGGUUAAACUGACAUUUUAUAUUAUUUAAGUAAGGUAUCAUUUUUAUUACUUUUCAUAUAAAUGAAGGUAAUCCAUACAUUGUAGAGUCUGUAAAAAUAAGUUUUGGACUACAUUUAGUUUUCUAGAUAUUAUAUAAACUUUGAUUCUGAGCACUAGCGCUAGUAGAUACUACCCUCCUGAGCCAGAUCAGGAGUGGCUUACCCACAGUGGAAUAUAUUAAUGCUCCCAACUUGGAGAAAGCGUUGCGGUAGUCGUAGAAGUGAAUAGUCUUGCAGAUCUAUCUAUUUUUAAAAUAGAUUACCUUCCUAAGAAUAAAGUAAAAGGUGAUUUUCUACAUAAUUUUUGCUUUUUAAAAUUGAUGGUAUCUGGCCACAUAUAAAUAAGAAGAAAAAAAGAUGAUGUAGACUUGGAAACUAAAGUUAUGAUUAUACUAUUUCCCCCUCUUACCGUAAAGCAUUGAUUGUACCAGAACUACCUUUGUUAGUGAAUGAAGCUUUUUUUUCCCUUGCACAACUUUUGGAAAAUGGAUAUGACGAACAUAAUCAGUUCUACUAACCAAAGCUUUAUUUGGAAAUUUACUUUUUGUACAAAUGGAAUUAUAUAAUGCUUGAAAUAUUUUAAGUCACUUUAUAAGCAAAAUGUAUAGCACUUGUUUAUACUGUAAACUAUGUGUUAAAUGCCUUUAUCAAUUUAAGAAUAAAGAUAGUUACUAAU